UCCGAAGAAAGAAAAAUCCACCAAAAAUAAAGAAAGGAGAGAGAAAUGUGUGUGUAAUUCAGAACAAGUCAAGGGGUAUUUCCGUAAUCCCGAAUUUCAAGAGCAAAACCAGUCAUCGUCAUCGUAUGAAAAGGCUUGACAAUUUGGCUCUUCCCGUUGCAAACGACUGUAAAUCACUCAACAAAGGGGAAAGAGAAGAAAGAAAUAAACAACAAACCCAUUUUCCAGAUUCAACCCCCAAUUUCCCCUUUUCACUAUUCCCAUCACCUGAUUUUAAGGCAUGUUCGAGGCCAAGGAUCUCGCCUCCGAUGGCGAGGAUUCUCGGACCAAGCUUUUGCGCCAUGUCAGAGAGAAUUCCGAUGUCAAAUCUGGGUUUUCCGACAAGGGUAUUGUUGGUUUCCGGGAGGAACAGUCAAAAUCUGCUAGAAUCGGGAAUUCGGGUUCUCAAGAACUCACUCUUAGCUACCUCUGUGACAAGGACAAGGGUUUUACGCCUUCCUUCGAGAAAGGUAAUUACAAAGGUAAGGAAGUUUUGUUUUCUGAGAAUUCUAACGAAGAUGAUAAAUGGGUUGAAAGGGAUUUCCUUAAUUUGAACUCCAAUAGGGGAAAUCAAUCGAAGCGGGAGGUUGAGGAUGAGAUGGAAAGGGAGAAUAAUCGGGGAAAGAAACCCAAGCUUGAAACUCUCAAUCUUUCUUUAGCUUUGCCUGAAGUUUCACUUUCUCUUACUGCUUCAAAUGCUUUGCAAAAUGAAGAUCCUCCCCCUGCUCGAUCCAAGCCUUGUAGGAGCCUCCAAUCUUUGGCCCCUUCAAUGAACAACACCCAAACUACUUGCUCUAAUGAUUUCACUGCUGCUUCGCUUUCCUAUUCCUACUCCCACCAAUUUUCUCACAACCCCAGUUGCUCGUUGACGAGAAAUUCGACUGAGAAUUACGAGUAUUCGGUUGGGAGAGACGACCAUAUUUGGAACUGUGGAGAGGGAACUAAUGGGUCUGUUCAUAGCAGGUUUAAACCAUUAGGGGAUGGAGUUGCUUUGUCAAAUCAUGGAGGUGGGCUGAAUUCUUUGUUGCACGGGAAUCGUCCUUCAAAUAAGGAGAUAUGUAAUAACUCCGAUGAACAUUCAUUUUUUCCGUCGGAGCUUCCGGCAAGACUGAGAACAGAGGUGAAAUCGGGGAAUUCGAUUGGAAGGGGAUCAGAAAAUUUGAAGGGGGUUGAGGGUAUUGCUAGGCCGGAGAGAAUUCUUUGCGAAAUCGUCUCAGAGUCGAUCUCUAUCAUGUCUCAGAUAGUUCAGGAGCUUCCUGAUGAAACACUUUCAUCAAUCAAAGAUUACUUGAAAGAUCUGAUUGCUAUGCCUGACAAGAGAGAUGAAUUAUCGUCUCUCCAAAAGCGGUUAGAGCGAAGGUCUGAUCUAACUAAGGAAACUCUUUCAAAGUGUCACAAAGCACAGCUUGAAAUUCUAGUUUCAGUGAAGAUGGGGCUAGCAAGUUUCAUAUCAGCGAAAAGUAGGUGUUCCAUUGCUGAGCUUGUGGACAUUUUCUUGUUUCUGAAAUGCAGGAGCUGCAAGAAUGUAAUCCCAGUUGAUGAUUGUGACUGUAAAAUCUGCUCAGCCAACAAGGGAUUUUGCAGCUCAUGUAUGUGCCCCAUUUGUUUGAACUUUGAUUGUGCAAACAAUACUUGUAGUUGGGUUGGUUGUGAUGUCUGCUCUCAUUGGUGCCAUGCUGCCUGUGGGAUUGAGAAGAAUCUCAUCCGGCCUGGUCCGAGUCUCAAAGGUCAAUCGGGGAUGACAGAGAUGCAGUUCCAUUGCAUUGCUUGUAAUCAUGCUUCAGAGAUGUUUGGAUUUGUGAAGGAUGUUUUUGUAUGCUGUGCAAGGAACUGGGGUCUAGAAACCUUGAUGAAGGAGCUUGAGUGGGUAAAGAGGAUCUUCAUUGGAAGUGAUGACUACAAAGGCAAGGAUUUGUAUAUUAAAGCUGCUCAGAUGCUGGCCAAGCUUGAAAGGAAAGCAAUUGCUCCUCGGGAGGCCUGCAAUAUCAUUCUUGAAUACUUCAAUUAUGGUACAUCGGAGAUUUCAACUUCUGGGGUAUUCUCAGAGAAGUUAGGAACAACCGAUACGACCAGCCUGUCGAAAGAUGGGAUGUCUCUUCCUCAAACGGGUUCCCUACCUUCAACAUACAUCAUGCAGAAAAACACCCCAUCUAAGCCACAUCGUGACUUAAUCUCUGGCGAUCUUCGACGGAACGAUCUCAAAGUCUCCAUUGCCAGUGACUUAAAUGUAGACGACGAGUUCCAAUUUGGGGUGUUGACAAAGAAAGAGGGCCUCGAGAGCUUGGAAAGCAUUGUAAGAAUCAAGAAAGCAGAGGCAGGAAUGUUCCAGAACAAGGCAGAUGAGGCACGGAGGGAGGCCGAACGGCUGAGACAAAUAAUCAUUGCAAAGACAGAGAAACUCGACGAGGACUAUGCCGAAAAGAUCGGGAAAUUGUGCUUGAAAGAGGCGGAAGAUAGGCGUAGGAAGAAGGUGGAGGAGCUGAAGGUAUUGGAGAAUUCUCAAAUAGAUUAUUACAACAUGAAGAAGAGAAUGCAGAAGGAGAUAUCUGGGUUAUUGGAAAGGAUGGAAGUGACAAAAAAGCAAGUAGUGUGAAGGUGACUGGGGAUGUUCUAUUUCUAACUUGAUUUUUGUGGAGGUUUAGCAAUAAUGUUGACUGUUUUAAUGAUUAUAUUACAAUGGGUUGUGUUUGUUUAUUAUUUAAGAUCAAAAGAGGCAGUGAUUGGGAAGCUCAAUCCUGAUUGAAACCAUUAUCUCUCUUGUCAAAGUUACCAGAUUUUUCUCAUUCUUUUAAACCCUUUUUCUUUUCUGUACCUGCUUUAGCAUAAAUGUAAAGUCUUACAACCCUUCCUC